ACUCUUAUUCUCCAUACCCCCCAAUUCCGUCUUUCCCAGCAUCAAGCAAUACGCUAUGCCUUGGGUAAACCCCUGCAUUAAAAUUUCAAGCUGUCUUUGCUUUUGCCAACAGAACUAGACUCGUUCAACAAUACUACCUUUAUACUAGUUGCCAAUAUCACUUCGAUGUUCAUUUUCAUUUUUCAUCAUAAUAUUAGAAUUUAUCCAUUGGAAUGCACCAGUUUUUUCCUUUUACUUCUGAAAAUUAUGUGAUAGUGACUAGUGGAAGCACAUGGAUUUAAUUAAUGAAUUAUUGUGCAAAAAUUUUUGUUUUUUUAUCAAUUAGUUAAUCUAGUAGCUGUGAAUACAACUGCCAAGGAGAAAACUGUCGACUGAGAAGACAUGGAAAUCAAUUUAUAUGGUUUACAACAUCUCAGUCAUCUCAUGGCUACAUAAUAAUUGUCUUAAAAUGGCGGAGCGUCAACAACGUAAUGAGAAUCAGUUGGCAUCUAAUUUAAAAUCAUUUCCGUCUGAUGCAAAACAUGUUGUACACUGGUUUAGAAAAGGACUUCGGCUGCAUGAUAAUCCAUCAUUAAGACAUGGGCUCAAUGAGGCUUCCACAUUUAGAUGCGUUUUUGUCAUCGAUCCUUGGUCGGCAGGUAGUAAGAGCAUUGGGGUCAAUAAAUGGAGGUUUCUACUUCAAUGUCUGGAAGAUUUGGAUUCUUCAUUGAGGAAAUUGAAUUCUCGGCUCUUCGUCAUAAGAGGUCAACCAACUGAUGUUUUACCAAAACUCUUUCGUGAAUGGGGGACAACACAUUUGACGUUUGAAGAGGAUCCAGAACCAUUCGGUCGGGCCCGUGACCAUAAUAUAUCAACUUUAUGUAAAGAAUUAGCAAUAUGUGUAAUGGCGAUGGCUUCACAUACGCUCUACAAACUAGAUGAAAUUCUCGACAGAAAUAAAGGCAAAGCUCCUUUAACAUAUCAUCAGUUCCAAACAAUUGUAGCGGCAAUGAAUCCACCAAGUCCUCCAGUGGAAAUUGUCACUGCAGAGACCAUUGGUAAUGCUUAUACUCCCCUACAAGAAAAUCAUGAUGAAAUUUAUGGUGUGCCUACACUGGAGGAGCUUGGUUUUGACAUCGAAGGUCUGAAGCCCCCAGUAUGGAUAGGUGGUGAGAGUGAAGCGCUGAUCAGACUCGAGCGUCAUUUGGAACGAAAAGCUUGGGUGGCGAGUUUUGGACGUCCCAAAAUGACACCCCAAUCUUUGCUACCAAGUCAAACAAGUCUUUCGCCUUAUUUACGUUUUGGCUGCCUUAGUACGCGACUUUUCUACUAUCAACUUCGGGCUCUCUACAAAAAGGUGAAAAAAGCGGUGCCACCACUCUCACUACACGGUCAACUACUAUGGCGUGAAUUUUUUUACUGUGCAGCAACAAAAAAUCCGAAUUUCGAUCGUAUGCAAGGGAACCCGAUUUGCUUACAAAUUCCAUGGGAUAAAAAUCCGGAAGCUCUGGCUAAAUGGGCCAAUGGCCAAACUGGCUUUCCAUGGAUCGACGCGAUUAUGACGCAAUUGAGAGAAGAAGGUUGGAUCCAUCAUUUGGCUCGUCAUGCAGUAGCUUGUUUUUUGACUCGAGGCGACCUUUGGAUUUCCUGGGAAGAAGGAAUGAAGAUCUUUGAUGAGUUACUCUUGGAUGCUGAUUGGUCGGUCAACGCUGGCAUGUGGAUGUGGUUGUCUUGCAGCUCAUUCUUUCAACAAUUCUUCCAUUGCUACUGUCCAGUCAGAUUCGGGAGGAAAGCGGACCCAAAUGGAGAUUAUAUAAGGCGAUAUCUACCAGUCCUCAGACAUUUUCCUACUCGCUACAUACACGAACCCUGGAUAGCACCUUUGAGUAUUCAGCGUGCUGCAAAAUGUAUUAUUGGACAUGAUUAUUCAUUGCCUAUAGUCAAUCAUGGGCAGUGUUCGAAAACCAAUAUCGAAAGGAUGAAACAAGUCUAUCAACAAUUGAAGAAAUACCGUGAUAAUGUUCAAGCUGGCUUGCUGUGGGUAUGAUCUGGAGGUUAUGGAUGACUGGUGAGUCGUUCUGGAUCUGAUGGCUCUUUCGAUGCCCGGCAACGAAAGUGAGAUAGUAAGACGGCAGCACAUCCAUAAGGCACAUCUCUUACUAAUCUCUAAUUUUGAAUGACAGCCAAAUUAGGAAGGAAGGAGUAUUAAGUGUAAAGCAAAGCUAACAUGUUGACGAGGAUUCUUCCGUUGUAAUCAAUAAUAUUUUGUGAAAAAAAAGCUUUCAAGUACCAAAAACAUUAAAAUGGUUACAGUGAUUUGAAUAACAUAUUUGAAAAGGGUAAAUAUGUGGUAUAGGUCCACCAAAACCAAUAAUCAUUGAAAUAUCAAUUUCUCUGAGGGAAAUCUAUUCUUAUUCUCUCGGCAUCAAGAAAUAAAAAGAGAAAAGAGAAUGAGAAGCAACAAGGAGAAAAAUACAUCACCGAAUAGUUCUGAGGUGAACUCUGUCGUCCCAGAAAUUGCUCAGUCUGAAAGUUCGGUAAUUUUUCGGAUAUUUUCCUUAAAGGACAAUUCGGAUCAUGAGAGAAGCUG